CUGUGAGACUUACGAGGGAGAUCCACACUGCAAGAAACAGAGACAAUCGAACCAACAAAAAAAAAAGUGAUAAGGGCACCUCAUCGCUCCAUCAUCGCCACUUCACCCGCCAUUCACACAUCUGCACAAUCAAGGAAAAGCUUCCGCGACCACUGCCCCGCCGGCAAUGCAGAGCCCGGCAGCGCUCGGCAUCGGCGGCGACGCCAGCCCGCACGUCAUGUUCAUCCCCAGCGCCGGCAUGGGCCACCUGCUCCCAUUCUUCCGCGUCAUCGCCGCUCUCGCGAACCACGACGGCGUCGACAUCUCCGUGGUGACCGUCCUUCCCACCGUGUCGGCCGCCGAGGCCGACCACCUCGCCGGCCUCUUCGCGGCGUUCCCCGCCGUCCGCCGCGUCGACCUCCACCUCCUGCCGUUCGACGACGCGUCCGAGUUCUCGGGCCACGACCCGUUCGUGCUCCGGUGGGAGGCCCUGCGCCGCUCCGUGCACCUCCUCCGGCCGCUCAUCGCCGGCGCCCCGCGCGUCUCGGCCGUCGUCACGGACGUGACCCUGGCCUCGCACGUCAUCCCCAUCGCCAGGGAGAUCCGCGUCCCGUGCCACGUCCUCUUCGUCUCCUGCGUGACCAUGCUCUCGCUCCUCGCGUACGUCCCGGUCCACCUCGCCGGCGACAAGAAGGCCGAGCUGGGGCCUGGGGUCGGCGCCGGCGACGUCGACAUCCCCGGCGUGCGGCGCAUCCCGCAGUCCUGCCUCCCGCCGCCGCUGCUCGACCUGAGCAGCCUCUUCGCCAAGCAGUUCGUCGACAACGGCCGCGCGAUCACCAGCGCCGACGGCAUCCUGGUCAACACGUUCGAGGCCCUGGAGCCGGCGGCGCUCGCCGCCCUGCGAGACGGCAAGGUCGUCCCGGGGUUCCCGCCGGUAUACGCCGUCGGCCCGCUCAAGCCGCACACGUCGUCGUCUCCGGCGACCGACGACACGAAUAAGCCGGUGGGCUCGGGCUCCCCCGCCGCCUGGCUUGACGAGCAGCCACCGCGAUCCGUGGUGUACGUCGCGUUCGGCAACCGCAGCGCCGUGGGCCGGGACCAGCUCCGGGAGAUCGCCGCCGGGCUGGAAGCGAGCGGCUGCCGGUUCCUCUGGGUGCUCAAGACGACGACGGUGGACAGGGACGACGCCGCCGAGCUGGCGGACGUGCUCGGCGGCGGGUUCCUGGAGCGCGUGCGGCAGGGGCGGCGCGGCCUGGUGACGAAGGCGUGGGUGGACCAGGAGGCCCUGCUGAGGCACCCGUCCGUGGGGCUGUUCCUGAGCCACGGCGGGUGGAACUCGGUGACGGAGGCGGCCGCCGCCGGGGUGCCGCUGCUGGCGUGGCCGCGCAUCGGCGACCAACGCGUGAACGCCGCGGUGGCGGCGAGCGGCGGCGCCGGGGUGUGGAUGGAGCGCUGGAGCUGGGACGGGGACGGGGAGGGGAGGCUGGUGAGCGGGGAGGAGAUCGGCCGGCGAGUGAAGGAGGUGAUGUCCGACGCGGCGGUGAGGGCGAGGGCCGCCAGGACCGGCGAGGCGGCGGCCAUGGCCGUCGCUGAGGGCGGCACGAGCUACCGAAGCAUGCAGGCGUUUAUUAGCAAGCUCAAGGCAACCUAAGUAAUCAUUUGUCUUUCAUAUCCAGCUAUUUUGUGAUGCCUCUGUCGUGCUGCUGCUACCUAGCUACUAAGAGUGAGCCUACUAUCAAGAAAUAAGUACAUGUGAGCCUACUAAGUGUGCAUGUACAAUAUUGUAUAUUCAGAUCCUGUCAACAAUUUAUGUUUUACCGUACGAUAAAUACAUUGUUGUACAUCACCA